AAUUCUUCUAUCUUGAGUUCAUCACCAAUGGCUAAGACCACGCCAUUUGUCAGCUCCUGAUUGGCUACGUUCCAGAUCUCCCAUACACACAGCUUUAGCUCUUCCUUUGUACUACUACUACUGCUGUCCUGUCUCUCUUAACACCAAUACCAUUCCAAAACCUCCACCAUUUUUAUCCCCUCUCUCUCUCUCUCUACAUCAACAACAAUCCCUAGCUAGACACCAAACAAAUUCCUCCCAAAAGAAGGAAAAUCACGAGAUCAUGGGCGGCGACAGCUGGAGCCUAACGGCGAAGCCCUGCGACUCAUGCAAGGCGGCGCCGGCCACCGUCUUCUGCCGCGCCGACUCCGCCUUCCUCUGCGCCACCUGCGACACCGACCUCCACGCCCGCCACGCCCGCGUCUGGGUCUGCGACGUCUGCGAGCAGGCGCCCGCCGCCGUCACCUGCAAGGCCGACGACGCCGCCCUCUGCCCCGCCUGCGACGCCGACAUCCACUCCGCCAACCCCCUCGCCCGCCGCCACGAGCGCUUCCCCGUCGUCCCCUUCUACCACGCCGCCGUCAAAACCCCCCGCUCCGCCAACUUCUCCGAGGAGGAGGUCGAGGCCGCCUCCUGGAUCCUACCCGACCCGAAUACCAAGCCCCUUGAAGAUUCCGGGUCGCCCGCGGAGUAUCUGUUUAGCGAUAUGGAUCCGGACCCGUAUCCGGAUCUUGAUUUGAUGCAUAAACCGGGUCAUAUUAUUGUUGAUGAUAAGAAACAGUACUCCACAGAUGGAGUUGUACCGGUUCAGACCGAGAAGGAAUAUGGGUCGGGUCACUACCCGGGUCCGGUGGUCGACGGGUACCCGACGUACGAUGUGGACUAUCCGGCUUCGAAGCCUUUCAUGUAUAACUUCACCUCACAAUCCAUUAGCCAUAGUGUAUCAUCUUCGUCCUUAGAAGUAGGGGUGGUGCCGGAACCGGAGCCGGAGCCGGAGCCAGAGCCAGAGCACAACGGCAAUGGCGAUGCAUCGAAGGUCGAAAUUGCCCCUACUCGAGUCUCCGGGAUGGAGAGAGAGGCGAGGGUAAUGAGGUACAAAGAGAAAAGGAAGAAUAGAAGGUUCGAGAAGACAAUCCGGUACGCCUCGAGAAAAGCUUAUGCAGAGACGAGGCCCAGGAUCAAAGGGAGGUUCGCCAGGCGCUCGGAGCUUCAAAUCGAUGCGUCUUACGGUGUCGUUCCGACUUUUUAGUCACGUGUUGUGACAAGAUGAUAAGUCAUCAACUUGUUGUUUUGUACAUAUGAUGUAGGAGGGUUGUUUUCUCAUCGGUGCAUUGUUUUGAGUCAUCGAUUUUGUUUAUUUUGUGUGAUGUGAUCAAAAGUUUUGGUUGUAAUAAAAAUUCCCAAUUUGUAACUUAAAA